CAGAACUAAUUCUCAUGUCAGCAGAAAGCUCAACUAUCACAGUUCGUCUUGUUCGCUCUUUUGAACACCGGAAUUUCAGACCUGUGGUGUAUCAUGGAGUUAACUUGGAUCAGACAGUGAAGCAGUUCAUUACUUUUGUGCGGAAGGAUGUGUCUUCAAGAACAGGACUUCCUCCUCCUUUUAAAAAUUACAAGUAUGAUACAAUGAAGAUCAUUCACCAAGCACACAAAUCUAAGACUGGUGAACUUGUAGUGAGUUUGGAAGAUGAUGACAAACUGAUGUUGAAAGAAGACAGUACGCUGAAAGCAGCUGGAGUAGCAAAUGAGACCGAAUUAGCAUUCUUCUGUGAGGAAGAUUACAGAAACUACAAAGCUAAUCCUGUUUCAGCCUGGUGAAGAUCCCAAGAGAUUGUUUUGUUUUCCCAUACCUGUUGUAAAUUUUCCUUAUUCUGCUUAAUGAGAUUUUUCUUAAAGAUCAAUAAAUCCUAGAGGAUUGCUUUGC